AGCUUCUCUUCAACUCCUAUUCACACACACACACACACACAUAGCCGAAAACAUCGAACACCAUGAGCUGCAGAAGAAGGAUCAGCGGUGUAGUCCUCGUUUUUGCCUUGCUCUUCUCCCCAUUGCUCACGCCCUACCUUCCCACUGCUUGCGCUCGCCAUGUGGUGGCGCUCGACGCAAAGGAUGGCCUAAAGAUCGGAGGAGGCCGGCACCGGCAGCAUGUGGUUGGUGAUGACGAAGGAAAGGCUGUCCCCGUCGCCACCGCCAGCGGCUCACGGCCAGUUAGGACGGUGGAGAUGCGCGCGGCGAGGAGGCACCGGGUGGACGCGGCGGAGGAGAUGCACGACAUGCUGAGGAGGGACUACGCGUGGAGGGCGAGGGGCCGCAAGCCCAUCCACAACGACGAGCCACGCGACGACGAGCCCUAAGUCUGUCAGUCCCACAGCGCACCUAGGUAUACAUAGUUAGUAGAGUACUAGACUACUAGCAGAAGCUUAGCUACGUACCUAGAGCCGCACGCUCCCUGGUUUACUUAGCUACAGGAUACAUGUAGCGUUAGGUAGGAGUACCCAGAGAGAGAUAUUACGGAAUAAUAAUGCCCUGCUUGGCUAGGUAUACUACUGUUAGCUGGUCAUCCUUAAUCUAGCUAGCAUCCAAGCUGGAUAUCAUCAGGCUUAGCCCCGAUUUGCAAGAACUAGCAGGAAAGAGUUCAUGCGAAGAAGAGGCAGUUUUGUGCCUUGGUACUAUAUGUAUCUCCACCGGAAGGAAUCAGGUUUGCAGAUACUCCUAUCACUUAUCAGUGUUACAACUACCAGCAGUUGUUUCUUCUGAACACCAAUCAUUAGCAGUUUAAGUAUAUCUGUGUGGGGUUUUAACAAGAAAGGGUGUGUCAAACUUAUUUUGUUGCUUGUUCA